CCCGGCUUCAUUAUUGCCGCGUCCAUUCCUGUCUCUCGACGGGUGAAUUUUCCUCUUCAUCGACAAAUGUAAUACCAUAGUGCUUUUAUUUGUUAUUUGUUCUCACUUCUCCUACGCCCUCGCAGACAUGCGAUCGGAAAUUAUUCUGCUGCUUGGUGUGGUAGGCAAGCUUGCGUCUGCCGCGCCGUUGGAUUCUGAAGCAUCUGAAGCCCACAUUCUCGGCGCUCGGAACAUUGUUCAACAAGUUUCUGAUUCCUAUGAUUUUAUCGUCGUGGGAGGUGGUCUAGCUGGCCUUGUCCUUGGGGCUCGUCUUUCAGAGGAUUCCAAUCAUACAGUACUUGUACUAGAGUCUGGGGGGAAUGGCGACGAAUUCCGUGAACGCAUAGAUACUCCCUCAUUUGCCUACUUUGAAUCUCUGUGGCCUACCGAACUCAAUUGGGAUUUCAACACCGUCCCUCAAACCAACGCAAAUAAUAAUCGCCUCCCAUGGCCCCGAGGAAAAGUUCUAGGAGGUGAUCAUGGCUCGACCCCGAUAUCCAAGAGUGUGCGCUGACAACGGGUUCUCCAGGGAGCUCCGCUAUCAACGGAUUGUAUAUGAACCGGCCUGGUGAAAUCGAAAUUAAUGCAUGGCAAGAAAUGCUCGGUGACAUGGACGGCGCCGAUAACUGGUCUUGGGAGUCAUUCUAUGAGGCCAUGAAAAAGAGCGAGAACUUCACACCACCACUGAGUGAAGUUGCUGAAGAAGCUGGCCUUACCUGGAAUGCUGGCAGCUUUGGCAACAGUGGGCCAAUCCACCUAACUUGGCCCGGAUACACUUUUCCUCUAAUUCAUGAAUGGUUGGUUGCUGCACAGAGUGGAGGUGUUGCCAAUUCUCGUGACACGUAUGGCGGGGAGAACUGGGGCUCGUAUGUGACGACAUCUUCCAUAAAUCCUGCGAACUGGACCCGGUCUUACAGUCGAUCGGGAUAUCUUGACCCUCUGCCGCCACGCUCUAAUUAUGAUGUCCUGGCUAAUGCCCACGUUACUCGCAUUCUUUUCAACUCGUCCUCUCCUCAAAACAACAUCACAGCCACUGGUGUUGAAUACACUCGUGAUGGCGGCGCGACCAAGUUGACCGUCCAAGUGAACAAGGAGGUCAUAUUGGCAAGCGGAAGCGUGGGAAGCCCUACAGUGCUUCUCUACAGUGGUGUUGGUCCCAAGGAUGUACUUGAUGCUGCAGGAGUUCCUGUCAUUUCCGAGCUGCCUGGUGUGGGCCAGCAUCUACAAGAUCACUUGAGCCUUGGGAUGCAAUUCACGACGGACCAAGAGACUGCAGGCUCCAUAUAUGCUAGUAAAGGGCCUGAAUCGACUGAUCCCAAGUUUCUCUCAUUCGUCAACUCCGGCGUCGCCUACGUCAAUGCAAGCAAUCUCUUUGGCAGUGGAGCAACCGAUUUAGUCUCUGAGACCCUGAGCGCCAGGGACCAGUACAAUCCUAACCCUGGGGCCGCCGAUGUAUCCGCAGGCUAUAGAGCCAUAUUUGAGACCACCGCCAACAAAAUUGUCACAAGCCCCCUUGGGGUGGUUGAGUUUCUGAUCGGCAACACAGAUGAUGGUAUCGUCAACAUUGGUGCUGCUUUACAACAUCCUUUCAGCCACGGGAGCAUCACGAUUGGUUCGGCAGAUCCUAUGGAUUAUCCGAUCAUUGACCCCAACUACCUUGCAAACCCGACCGAUGUCAAGAUUCUCCGCGAGGGAAUUAAGUUGAUUCGUCGUCUGAGCCAGACAGAACCACUCAGCAGCAGUCUCACCGGCGAAUCAGCGCCCGGCUCACAAGUCCAGUCUGAUGAGGAUUGGGAAGAUUACAUGCGGCAGAAUGUCUUCACUGAGUACCAUCCCUCCUCAUCGUGCUCGAUGCUUCCCCUCGAACAAGGUGGCGUCGUUGACGCGAACCUUCGUGUCUACGGACUCUCCAAUGUUCGCGUCGCUGAUGCGAGCAUUCCCCCCAUCUCGUUUUCAGCCCACUUGAUGAUGUCCACGUACGGUAUUGCUGAGCAAGCCAGUAAUAUCAUUCGAGCGUUCCACAAUCGACCAGUAAUCGCCGAGACAAGUCUUGCUGUCAAUUCGACGUCAACUAGCAGCAACGUCAACAACACCUCCAGCGAUGUUCCUGCAACAUCAUCGACCAGUGCUGCUGCGAGUGCAAGCUCUACCGCGGACACUAACAACGCCAAUCCUCGGUGGACUGAGCAAUCCUGGUCCCCGUUUGUCACAAUGGCAGUGUUGGUCACUUCAUUGCUAGCGCUGUGAUGGCAAGGUAUCAUCUGCUGUUGUCCCCAAUCACGCUGAUACACAGCCCUCUGCACGAUAGGAUCUGAGGUCUUCCAGCCAUGUUCUGUUAGACUCGGAAUUUCUGAACAUCGGAGCCUCUCCUCAUGCUCCCCAAAUUCUUUUGCAUCGCACGGCGUUCAGGAAAUGGAAAUUUGGAGAAGGAAAUGAUUCUCGCAGUCAGCAAGACACGAGCAUUUUUGUUGGGGAGCCUAGAGCCUGCAAGUGAACUAGGUCCAGUCACAAAUGCAGAGCGCCAUCAAUUGACCACUACAUUGCAUUUGGUGUUAGAUAAUCGAUAAUGUAAAUGUAAUCAAGAGAGGAUUACUCGUCAAUGAUAGCCAAGUCCAGUACAUCAAAUGAGAGUGAACCACAGGAAAAAAGAGAGUUGGAGUGUAUUUAUUCACCUUGAGCCUAAGUUCCUUCACUUGCCGAGCCAACAUACAUCUGUG